AGGGUGCUGCCAGCUCUAGUCUUCCCGGCCCGGUGUUACUAGGGCUAGAAAGGGCAGAGAAGCUUCUCCCCCUCUCGCCGCCUUUUAUUACCCCCCGCCUGGUGGGGAGUAGGGGGGAGACCGCCUCUAGGGCCGGUGCGCCGGAAACGGCCUGAGGCGCAGUGACGUCAGGAAGGCGGGACUUCCGCUUCCGGGGUCGGGGCCGAACCGCGUCGCGGGGAGACUCUCGCUCGGCAGCGGAGCCAUGGAGUUCCCUGGAGGCAACGACAACUACCUGGCCAUUACUGGCACUGCUCACCCGUUCCUGACAGGGGCUGAGACCUUCCACACGCCCAGCCUUGGCGAUGAGGAGUUUGAGAUCCCCCCCAUUGCCCUGGACGCCGACCCCUCACUGGCUGUCUCUGAUGUGGUGGGCCACUUUGAUGACCUGGGUGACCCCGGCAGCGCCGCUGAUGCUGGCUUCUCUGCCCAGUACGGGGUGCAGGCACUGGACAUGCCGGUGGGCAUGAGCCACAGCCUGAUGGAGCAGGGCGGCGGGCUGCUCUCUGGCGGCUUGUCUAUGGAGCUGGAUCAUUCCAUGGGGGCACAAUACAGCGCCAACCCACCGGUGACCAUAGACGUGCCCAUGGCGGCCAUGAGCCCCGGCGGGCUGCUGGGCCACGGGCAGCUUACCACCAUCGACCAGUCAGAGCUGAGCUCGCAGCUGGGACUCAGCUUGGGUGGCGGCAGUAAUGGCAGCGGCAGCACCGGAGCCGCUGCUGGAGCCGCUGUGCUGCCGCCUGCACCAGCCCGUUCACCCCAGGAGCGCCUCUCCCCUGCACCGUCCCCUGCCGGCUCCCUGCAGGAAGACGAGGCCGAGGAAUUCAGGCGGCAAGCCCCAGCCCAAAAGACACCAACACCACCGCCGCCACCCACCACUGCCACGGCCACACUGGUGCUGGACCCAGGCCGCAAGCAGAAGCCUCCCAAAAAGCAGAAGAAGAAGAAGGACCCCAACGAGCCGCAGAAGCCCGUCUCUGCAUACGCCCUCUUCUUCCGCGACACACAGGCUGCCAUCAAAGGCCAGAACCCCAAUGCUACCUUUGGCGAGGUCUCCAAGAUCGUGGCCUCCAUGUGGGACAGCCUGGGCGAGGAGCAGAAGCAGGUUUACAAGCGGAAGACGGAGGCAGCCAAGAAGGAAUACCUGAAGGCGCUGGCUGCCUACAGGGCCACUAUCCAGACCUCGGUGGAGACAGUGGAGCUGGACCCUGGCCCGACGUCGCCAGCCGCGCCGCCAGCUGCCUCACCGGCCCCAGAGGCCUCGCCGGCGGCCCCCGCGCCAGCCCCGCCGCCCAGCAUCACCAAAAUCAUCAUCCCCAAGCAGAUGCUGCCCUCCUCACUGGCUGUCUCGUCGCAGGGUGGCGUGGUGACUGUCAUCCCUGCCACAGUGGUGACCUCGCGGGGCGGGCUGCAGCUGGGGGCGGCGGCGGGGGCCACGCAGAUCGUUACCCGCUCGGUGCUGCAGGCAGCUGCUGCCGCCGCUGCCGCACAACAGCAACAGCAGCAGCAGCUGCCCCGUCUGCAGCCACCGCCACUGCAGCAGAUGCCGCCGCCACAGCCCCCUGCGCAGCAGGUGGCUGUGCUGCAGCCCCCGCCGCCGCUGCAGGCCAUGCAGCAGCCGCCAGCGCAGCAGAAAGCCCGCCUCCACCUGCAGCAGCCACAGCCACCACCACUGCAGAUCAAGAUCCUGCCGCCACCAGCGUUGCAGAUCCAGCCGCUGGCACUGGCAGCAGAGGAGGAAGAGGUGGCCAGCCCCGAGCGCACCACUGCUGCCAGCGCUGCCGAGCUGCAGGGCUCGCCGGAGCCCGUGGAGAUGAUUGCGGCCGACGUGGUGCCUGAGGUGGAGUCGCCCACGCAGAUGGCAGUGGAGCUGGUGGCCGAGUCGCCAGCGGCAGAGUCACCGCGGCCACGGUGCGUGCGCUCGGGCUGCGAGAAUCCACCAGUGGCCAGCAGCGACUGGGACAACGAGUACUGCAGCAGCGAGUGUGUGGUGAAGCACUGCCGGGACGUCUUCCUCGCCUGGCUGGCAUCCCGCAACUCCAGCAACAGCGUGGUCUUCGUGAAAUAGCCCCCUGGGGCCCUGCACGGACUCUCUUUUUUGCUUUCUACGGCCGCAACGCGGGCACCAUUUCCUCUCUGAUUUCCAUUAAAACGGGUGGGGUGGAGGA